CCUUUCAUUUUACGGCUUAUACCUAACUGCGUGUGGCGGCUAAUUUUAAAUAGCCUCCGGCUAACGGUUAUUAGCAUAGCAGCAGCUAGUUAGCACCACACUGUUAGCACGGUGUGGUUUACUUUGGCCAGCUGGUCUCUUUGAUCAGUUUUAAAAAAUACCCGUGGUUCACGUGACCUUUAGAAGGGUCCGAUACCAGACAAACAAGCGGUCUUAGGGGUUAGCUGUUAGCAUUAUUAACGCUGUUGUAGGCACUGUCUCUUAGUCACGGCGCUGCACUGGUGUGCUGAGAAUAAUAAACUCUUGUUAAAAUGUGUUGUUAUUAUUAUAGGUGUGGCAAAAGUGAUGAUUAAAAAGAAUUGUGUGCACCGCAUGACAACAAAAUUGUCCCCGAGAGUCGCAGCCCUGCAUUCCAAAAAGGAAGACGAGUACUUCACCAUGAGCUCAGAGGAUGGUGACAUGGAGAACCAGGCUGAGCUGGAAGAGAAGACCAGGCUCAUCAACCAGGUGUUGGAGCUUCAGCACACUUUAGAGGACCUGUCUGCCCGAGUCGAUGCUGUAAAGGAAGAGAACCUGAAGCUGAAGUCGGAGAACCAGGUCCUGGGUCAGUACAUUGAGAACCUCAUGUCGGCUUCCAGUGUCUUUCAGACCACUGACACCAAGAGCAAACGAAAGUAAGGAGACCUUCAGAGAGGCCUGACCUAAAUCCACCCCUCCACCGUCCCUAACAGAGCCCAGAGCGUACCAGAGGACUGGACUCACGGACCCUUUAAUACUGCUGAAACCCGUUUCUGUCUCGAACAUGUGCAAAUAAGGGAAUUUGUUGUUUUCGUAAUGUGGCUGCAGUGGCCAGUGUUGCAUUCAUUAAAAGAGAAUGUCCAGAAGAAAAAGAAGAAAGGGAGACCUGAUCCAGAGCUGCACAUUAAUAUUAAACCUAACUCACGAGCUGACACACACUUCAGCUGUGUCAGGAAGGACAGCUGGCCUGAAUCCUCUUCUGAUAUCUGAGUGCCUGAAAUCUGUGCAAGUCUACAGAAGGAAAACAUGCUUUGCUGUUUUUCCCACAUAAUGAGUCCUGUUUCAUAAAGUACGGUUCUGUGAGGUGUUUAGCACUUUCCUAAGUUCUUAUUUUCUUUGCAUAUUUGUUACAGAUCAUCAAAAGUUAGACUUUGAAAUGAGAAAAAUGCAGUUUUUAAAUGAUCGUUACACAUGUUAAAGCUGUGCAAACCAACCUAUGUGAGAAAAGUAAUCCCGACUUGAUCCGAUUGAGUGAUGUGAGACACUCGUUGCCACUUAACACAAAUAAUUGACAGCAGUUGUUGCACAACCAGUUAUUUGGUCUUUGGGGGUAAUAACCAUAA